AUCACCCCUUAUCCCCUCCCUCUAGUCACGUUCUCUCCCCUCCCCUUCCUCCUGACACAGCCACUCGCCUCUCCUCCGGCUCUGACCCAACGCCGCCGCCGAUCUCCUCUUCCGCAUCACCUCUCCGGCGGCCUCCUCUCCCCAUCCACGCCGCGCCGGCGACCUCCCUAUCCUCUCCUCUGUCUGCCUGGUCGGGCCGAGACCCUAGCCCGAUGCCAUGGCGACCAUGGCAGCAGGAGGAGCCCGGUCAUGGCGGCCUCCUCUCCCUGCAGCGCUGCCGCACCUCACCUUCUCUUCUCUUCUCUCCUCUUCUCUCCUAGUAGAGGAGAGGAGGGGAGGGAAGGGAAGGCCUUCUCCGGCGAGCUUCCAGGGAGGUGAGGAGCACCCAGAUCCAGAUCCACGGCGCAUCGUCCCGUCGUCGACCUGAGCCGCGACCAUCCAUCCAGGGCCGACAGAAGCCAGGACGGAGAUGCCAGAAACCCUAGCCUAGCCUAGCCAUGGAGGUACGACGCCUCAACCUCCGGGCGACAGACGACGGCUGCAGGCCAUCUCCGGUGACGGAUCUCCGACCCCGACCAUGGGCAGGCUGCUGCUGUUGGAGGCGCACGUCGCCUGCCUCCGCGUCGCCACCCCCGUCGACCAGCUCCCCCGCAUCGACGCGCAGAUCGCCGCGCGCGCCCCGCCGCCCGUGCCCCCCGCCGCCGCACCCGCCGGCGGCGAGGAGCUCGACCUCUUCAUGACACACUAUGUGCUGCUCCUCUGUUCCUUCAAGGAACAGCUCCAGCAGCAUGUGCGCGUCCACACCAUGGAGGCGGUGAUGGCCUGGUGGGAGCUCGAGCAAACUCUGCAGAGUCUUACAAGGGCAUCUCCUGGUGAAGGCACCGGGGCAACUAUGUCCGAUGACGAAGACAAUCCGGUCGACAGUGAGAGCAACAUGUUUGACGGGAAUGAUGUGUCAGAUGGCAUGGGCUUCGGAAUGCUAACCGAGGGUGAGAGAUCCUUGGUCGAGCGCGUGAGGCAAGAGCUGAAGCAUGAGCUUAAACAGGGGUAUAGAGAAAAGCUUGUGGACAUCAGGGAGGAGAUACUGCAGAAGCGAAGAGCCGGAAAGCUCCCAGGGGACACGGCGUCUACCCUGAAAGCUUGGUGGCAAGCCCACGCCAAAUGGCCGUACCCAACUGAGGAGGACAAGGCGCGGCUGGUGCAGGAGACGGGGCUGCAGCUGAAGCAGAUCAACAACUGGUUCAUCAACCAGCGCAAGCGGAACUGGCACAGCAACCCUACCUCGUCCUCGUCAGACAAGAGAAAGAGAAAAAGGAACAAUGCAGGUGAGGGCAACGCCGAGCAGUCCUGGUAGGGUGGGUGCGGUCGGUCGGAGAGCGAAGAACGAAGAACGAAUGCCCCAUAUAUGUACAUAGCGCUUCCAUCUUGUCGAUGAUUAGUGUUGAACCUCAUAUGUCCUCUGCAAUUCAUUUCCAUUAUAAUCUUACUCAUACAAUAUUCACACCAUGUAAUUCUGGAAAAGACAGUAUUGACAUGUUAUAAAAAAUGACAAUAUUGACAUGUUA